UGGUCUUCCCCUUAUCCUAGUCUUCAUGAUUAUUACAAAUGUUUACGUGGCAGUAAAUAGUGAAUAAGUGAUAACAAAGAAGAAGAGAAAAGUGUUUUUAAUCCAACUUAAAUAAUAAAAAACAUUGAUUAUAACAAUAACAUUAUGGUUUGUUCGAUUUCGUGAAUCAUGCAUCUUUCGAUUGUUUGGUAAUCGGUGGUAAACAGUAGGCGAUUAUUAUUAAAAUUACUUAAUAUACGUAUUUGUGGUAAUUAAUAUUACUAUUAUUAGUUGUUAUGGAAAUUGCGAUUUAUUAAAAUUAUAGAAUUCAAAAGUUCAAAACAAAUAUAUUGACAAGGAAUAACUACGUUAUUGUAGUGUGAGACUGUGAGAAAACAAUAAACAUCAAAGUAAAAUGGUUUACAUAUCUCAAAGUGGAAGUUUACACCAAACUGUUCCCAUGAAGAAAAAAAUUGUUGACACAUUUUGGGGUGUUAUAAACUUUGUUUCAUUUUUUGUUCAAAGUUUAGUAAGGCCUAACUUAACUAGAUGGGGUAAUCAAUAUACAGUUACUUACAGACGUCCUGGUUCUUCUUCAAGCGGGACUGUGAGACCUCAACGACGUUUUGGUGGAUUUGGCCCUAGUACAUCUGCCCCAGCUCCUCCAUCAACAUGUAGUAGCUGUAUGGGAUGAAUGUUUGUUAACCUAAUAUAUUAUAAUUAUUAAUUCACCUAAUCACAAUUACAAUUAAUUAAUGAACGGAUAAAAAUAAUCUAGUCUUAUAUCAGAGUAAAAUGUAUUAUUGAACAUUAAAUAGUAUUUUAUUAUUUUAACUAUAAUUAUCACCAAAAAAUAAUUAUAUUAGUAUGUUAACAUUUUAUUUAAGUAUAAUUUUAUGAUUAUUUGAAAUAUAUCAAAUAUAUUGAAUAAUAAUGGACCAAUAAUUUAAGUAGUUAAGAAUAAUAAAAAAAAAAAAUUGUAAACCAUAAUAGUACAUUAAUCUGUAUUUUAUUACUUAUUUAUUUGACAAGUAUUUGUUUAAAUAUACACAUUAUUAAUAUUAAU